AUGCAGGAUGGUGGAGCCGCAGAAUGGCCCCAUGGGUACAACGAGAAGAACGAGCGUAACGCUGAGCCCACCAAGGAGGUGUUUGACAUUGAGCUUGGGCUCCGCUUCCUCGGCACUCAAGACGAGCUUGAAGGUUUCCGCGAGCGCCAGCGCAUCGUCAACAGGUCCAAGUCUGACGGCACCUACGUGGCGCCGCCGGAACGGGAACGCGGGAUUGAGGAUCCCAUGCUUGUGGACUCGCGCGCGAGUGCUGCUUCCGGACUUGCCGGUGGUCUUGAGGGAGGAGGGAGUGGUUUGCAUCGUGACUUGCUCGGUGUGCCUGCGCCAGGGACAGAGCUGGUACUCCCACCUGAACCCACUUACAAGUCUGCUGCUGCCCAGCAGGCUAAGAAGGACAAGAAGAAGCGGGCCAAGCAGAACCAGGGAGCUGCAGCACCAAACGCUGAGGCCCACCUGUCUGCACGUCGCCGCGCUGCACCCGAUCUGCGCCUCUCCCGCGAGGAGCGCGCACGCAUCGCCGCGGCCGGGCCCGGACCAGUACCAGGCACUGCCCAAGGCAGGCCUGCAGCAGCGCGCGCACCUGCAUCCAUUGCCAACGGUGGUCGUGGGGGGCGUGGUGGCCGCGCCAACAACAACGCGCGCGACAGGGGACGUGACUGGGGCCCUGCACCAGUUCAGCGCCAGCGUUCUCGCUCCCCGCCGCGUCGUUUCCACGACAACUCGAGGUCGCCGCCCAAGCCACGUGAUCGGACGCCGCCACGUCGCUCACCUGCCAGGGACAGCGACGCUGCCGUCAUCGAGUUUGGCAACGGCAUCCGCAUCACCAUUCCCCAGUCCCUACUUUCCGUCCCGGGGGGGUGGUCUUUACUGGUGACCCUGCAGGUCCGAGUUUGCAAAGUCUCCGCCAGGCCUGGACAGGCCAAGGAGGUAGAAUUGAAACUCAAGCCACAGUCAGAAGAGCUGUUGGAUGACAAUGACCGGUUCCACCUUGCAGUUGGACUGCUGGGAGGAGGGGCACGAGAACGGGCGUUCCACUUGGAGAGUACAAUGGAGGUGGAGCUGUUGGCUGCAAAUGCGCCAGCGCGGGCCCAAUUUACGACGCGUACCAGGGCCUGGCAACUUGAAUAUGAGUUGUGGGAUGGUAAAUCUGAGACUGAGCGUGGUGACACAGUGCGGCCUGUACGGCCAGUGGCACCUGCUUUUGAGAAGCUGUACUUUCAGCCGAUGGAAAGGUUCCGGGCGAUGCUUGAGGAGUUGUAUCCUGAACGUUCGAGCGCCAAGAUAAGCGAGUACAACCUGUUCACGCAGAACAAGGGGGAGUCGCUGGCGAACAUGUUUCAGAGAAUGAAGUUCCUCAUGGUCAUUCUCAACCAACCCGAGCAGAAAAGCGUAUUCAAGUUGCUAGACUGUCUCAAGGCCAAGCACAUGGCCAGCGAAGUCGAGAGUCACUUGAAUCACCUACAUUUGGAUCCGAACCUGUGGACGGUUGACCAAGUGUCCAACAUAGCGCUCCAGAUUGAACGCGGUCGCAGUGAAAAGGAACUCUGGACAGGCAAAUCCAGUCACUCUGACACAGCAACAAAUCUGGCAACAGUGCUUCUGGUGGUGGGUCCGCUAAGACUGGCAAAGCGUGUGAUAACUGCGGCGACCCUAACCACUUGCAGAACGCUUGUCCCCAUCCGCCGCGGGGAAAGCCCAAGCCCGCCAAGCCAGGACUUCACCUCUGUUGCACGUUUUGCCAAUCCGACGGCUAACAACAAGCCUGACGCGGAUAAGACGUGUUACACAUGUGGCGAGACAGGCCACAUUUCAAGGGACUGCACGAAGCGGCAAUCUGGCGGCGAGAUGUCAAAGAGGGAGAAGGGGAAGCCGUGGUGCUCGCACCACAACCUUAACACCCACUCGAACGAGCAAUGCUGGGCACUGCAUCCAGAACUGGCGCCAAACUUUGCUAAGGAGAAGCCGCAGGUCAAGCAUGCGCGGUCAGCAAAGAAAGCUACGGAGGCUAACUUUGCGAGCAUGUCCGCAGCAGACAAGCAGGCAGCCUAUGAGGAUUGGCAGGCAAAACAGUCUGGGUGGGACGGUCCUACUGACGCCUACACGGGUGUGGUCGUUGAGCUAAACGAACCCCUUGUUCCUGCUCUUGCUGCAGGUACGGAGAAGAAACGGCGGUCGUCUGAGACGCAGCAGCUGAAGGGCGUCCAAGGCAACAUGCCGCUGAGCUUCCUGCCCUAUGACGCCACUUCCACUGAGCGUCUCAGAGGGGGGAAGGACCUGGAGUACGAUCCGUUUCCGGUUUUGGCUGAUCAAGGUGAGAGCGAGACCGCAGGGCUGCCAAAGGCGCUUGAAAAGGCGCCUGGCGCAGGUGGAGACAGCGAGUUGCCUCAGUCGUUUGAGGAGCUUGCCGAAACGGAUCCCAGGUACCAGGGAAAAGCUGAUUAUGAGCUGCCGACGUCGCAAGUGGUGCAGAGUCCGGUUUCUGAGGAUGAGAUUCCGGGUGAAAACUUUGUGACCGACCUGUUUGGUGUUCAAAAACCCUUGUACGGGUACCGAAAUGCUGCCAGCAGGGACGGUUUGACCAGCGACAGGUCGGACAGUGAGGCCCAAUUAGGGUCAGACACCCUUGGUAAAGUGCCUGACACGUCACUAACCGGUCCUUCUGCUCAUGCAGAGUUGGAGGGAGGCGUGGCGGCGGACAUGGAACUGGGGGGACGUCAAGGCCGGCCUGGAACGGUGGAUCCGUUUGCAGAGCCGCCGAUCAUUAUUGAGGGAGGUGAGUUGUCGGUGGAAUACAGGGAUAUUGCCCCUGAGGCUUGGCCACCAGCAGUACGUGCCAGCUACCACACGGUUGAGGUGCAGGCGCUGCUAGGAGGCCCAGUAACUGAUGAUGUCCGAGAUGCUGUGCGAGCGCUUGGGGAUAAUUCAGAACAGGGUUUUCUGCCUGGGGUUGUCCGGGGAAUGUUCUCCGGGGGCCCAAGACCAGGUAUGGACGGUGUGGCUUUCAGAACUAGGCGGCUCCUAGGCCGUGAGAGUUACCCCACUUGGGGAGAGCUGGAAUCGAGUUGCACUGACAGUGCCCAGGACAAACAGGCGCGCGCAGUCCGCAGCGCACUGCUUGAUCCCAGCAUUGAGACAGGGAGUCUGCUUUUGCGAACGGGUGACCUGCUGACGCCUGGCCAGUACAAAGCGCUGGGGUUACGUCUGCUGUUCCUGUUAAAAGAGCUCAGUGAAUUGUCUCUCUUGCCCCUGAACCUAGCGCCAGCUGAGGUUGUUGGAACUGCUGAGCACACAGCACUUGAGAUUGAGCACGGGUUGGCUUUGAUGCAGUACGUGUUGGAGCUUGCCCACGGCCUGAUUGACGGGACAAAGACACUAAGCGGCCCAACCAGUACGGCGUGCAUGCUGCUUGCUGAGUUCUGGUGGUGGUUGCAGUGGCGGUCUGAGUACCUUGUUAGGGGGAAUGUAAACGGAAUUGGCACUGAGUUGCGUUACUUGGGUCACGGAUUGGUCAAUCUCCAGGUGAUUUUGGACCAGGCGGACCGGUGGUCACAAUCUUGGUUGUGGAAACACUUGGCCUGGGCCCUGCGCAACUGUAAGAUGGCCGGAUUCCUGACCAUGCGCGACAUCUUUGUGCCUCCUGCAGAUUUUGCACUGGCCAGCGCGCGGCGCUUGGUGGCAGAACGCGAGAAGAGAGCAGUCGAACCAGCGCGGGGCCGAGACGACUUGGCGAGGUCAACCUUGACCAACCUGGCGCAAGUGUUCAAGCAGGGACGAGUCUUCAUUCGAGCAGGCGGACUGCUUGCAGCCGCCAUUCCAAGGGCCGUCGCAGCGCCCCAGCCACCACGCGUGCCUGGGCCAGCAGCAGCGACAGUACCGGCCCUAGUUACGACUCCAGUGACGCCACCUGGGUCCACGACACCCAAGGCGGCCCCACUGCGGAACCCUGCUGUCACGACUGGAGGGGACCAGCGCGUGCAGCCGGAGUUACCAGGUUCUUCAGCACUAGAGUCAAACACUUGGUUUAUGGGUCUUGUCAGCGUGUCCACGAAGGUCGACAAUGUUGGCGUGGGCAAGGCAAUCGUCCAGGCGUGCUUGGAGGGAGCGGAAAAACAGGGGGCGAAGUCGCUGCGCUUGCUGCAGAACGUCGCCAACGCCAAGAGCUUCUCCCUUUAUGCUAAGCUCGGCUUCGAGCCCAAGUUCGUUGCCACGUAUUUCGAGGGGUUCCCCAAAUAUCCGGCGCCGACGUGCGACGAUUACACUGUUCGGACGCUCCAGGAGGGAGACGUCGCUGGAUGCACGGCACUCUUCUCCGCCGCAAACGGCUUUUCGAUCGCCGAGACUUUAUCGGCUCACACCAAGGGGUGGCCGUUCUCGAUGUUUGUGGCAGUCAAGGACGGGGAGGUUGUGUGA